AUGUUUGGUUUACGGACCAUACUGGUUUGUGCGAAAAACCGGUUUUCCACAAUAAAAACAUCAUGGGUAGGAAGGGUAAUUCAUCCAUUAACAUUAAUGAUGCCAAUUGAUCAAAUGCAUGAUGAAAACGAAAAGGAGGUUUUUAAACGAACGCUAAAUUUAUUUGAUUUAAUUGCAGUAGGCCUAGGAGCGAUUAUAGGAGCCGGUAUAUUCGUUUUAGUUGGUAAUGCUGCAGCAGAUUUUGCCGGUCCAGCAGUGAUACUUUCAUUUGUGCUUGCUGGUUUUGUGGCUCUGUUAGCAGCAUUAUCGUUUGCUGAAAUGUCUACAAUGGUUCCCCUUGCUGGUUCAUCGUACAGUUUUACCUAUGCAACAAUGGGCGAAUUCGCAGCUUGGCUCCUGGGGUGGGAUUUAAUUUUAGAAAACGUAAUCGCUGUCGCACUUGUAAGCAAUGGCUGGGCACUCUAUGUAAGGACACUUUUUACCGACACACUCCAUGUAAACGUUGAAGAAUCCAUUUUAAAAUCGUGGAUUGGUUGGAAUCAGACAACAGAAUCAUUUAAUAGAACUGGAUUUGCUCUAAAUUUACCGGCAGCCAUCAUCGUAUUGGCAUUAACACUUUUGUUAGUUUAUGAUAUUAACGGUUCAGUUUUUGUUAAUAAUAUUAUUGUUAUUUUCAAAGUAGUUGCCAUAUUGAUAUUUAUCUUUGCGUCGAUUAAAUUUAUUAAAAAAGAGAAUUAUGAACCAUUUAUUCCAAAAAAUGAAGGUUCAUCUAACAAGUUCGGAGUUAGUGGUAUGUUUCGUGCAACAACACUGGCCUUUUUUGCCUACACAGGAUUUGACGGUAUCACAACUGUAGCUCAAGACACAAAAAAAAGUUCUCGAAAUAAUCUACCAAUAGCAAUACUCAGUUCAUUUGGAAUAUCAGCUGUUUUAUAUAUCGGAUUUUGUCUUGCUUUAAUUGGCGUUGUUCCUUAUGAUCAAUUAGGCGUAGUAAGUCCAGUAUUAAUGGCAGCACAAAAAAUUGGUAUGAACUGGUUAGCAAUAACGAUUCAUUUAGCUGCAAUUGCAAGUUUAACAUCCGUGGCACUUAUUAAUAUAAUGGUAGAAUCAAAAAUAUUAUAUUCAAUGGCAAAUGAUGGAUUAUUACCAGAGUUUCUCGCGCUCAUUUAUGAAACACGACGAACACCUUAUACAGCAACAAUAUUCACGGGUGUGAUUUCUGCUAUAUUUGCCAGUCUAUUGCCAAUUGAAUUUUUAAGUGAGAUAUCGUCAAUUGGAACAUUAUUCUCAUACUUUCUUGUCCAUGCUGGCCUAUUCAUAAUGCGUUGGACAAAAAAUAAAGAUGUUAAACAUUCAUUCAAUUUUCCUAGUCGAACGUAUGUUAUUCCAAUACUAGGAGGAAUAAUAUCUAUUCUAUUAAUGCAUACAAUGUCAAAAUGGGCCAAAAUGCGAUUUGGAGUAUGGAUGGCUGUUGGGGUCAUUGUUUAUUUUUUAUAUGGAAGAAAAAAAUCAAAGUUAAGAAAUCGUAAGAAAAAAAUCGAAACAGUAACAAACAUAUUUGAUACCACAAAUGCUAAUGAUAGUAUAGUCAGUAAAACCGAAACAUAUCCUAUAUAG